AUGGCUGAUAUCUUUGUAUCACCAGACCAACCUGCACUUUUUCCGAUGACGAUUUCAUUGCCUUCGAUCACCCGAGAAGAUUACUGUCUCUUUUACAAAAAAGACCGAACUUUGUUCACCAUUUUGCUUGUAAUUCUCCACCGUGAGGUUGUCCAGUCAAUACACGUGAUGGGGUUUCUGUUGUGGCUUGAAAGAGAAGGGUACACCUCAAAGAAUCUGGUUGAAACCAUCGUGAACUCGUUGACACCCGAUUUAAUCGAUCGGGUUGCAAACGAGGUCGUGACAUGCCUCAAGUUCUUGGAAACAAAAUCUAAGAACUUGGUGCUUGAAGGAAGCAGUAGAAGCUAUGACAUAUCGCUGCUUCAGUGUUUUCUUGAUCGGAAAUGUAUACGUUUGGAGGAUCUUUAUCGCGAUCGCCAUUUGAUUAUCGAUGAGGUGUCACGCAUCGCGAAUGAGGUUUCCAAUAGGGCGUUUGAUGACAUUUUGGAACGGUUCAUUAGGUGUGGUGAGCCUUUGGUGGUUCAUACUCCACAAGAGGUUAACAUUGGUGGUGGUGUUGGUGGUUUUCGAUAUGUUGGCCCGGUUGUCCCGUUCCCGUCAUAUGAUAUCAACAAGUAUGCUGGAUUUCAUCAUCAGCAGCAGACACAGAUGGCUGCUAAUGAAGAAGAUGCACAUCAUCACGCUCUAAUCACUCUGGAAAUGUACCUAAGAAAACAAAGAAACUUGGUUUUGAAUCGGUUGUGUGCUCGCGCUCAUUCUCCAUCGGUUGUACGUGAUUCCAAAGAAGAGAUACCACAGGAAAACCGGACCAUCUUCUUGACGUUUUCGAAAGGGUACCCGAUUUCGGAACAAGAAGUUAGAGACUACUUUACUAGAAUGUUUGGGGAUUUCAUAGAGACCAUCUUCAUGCAACCGGUUGAAGCAGACAACCAACCGCUUUUUGCCCGGAUUGUGGCUCGAUCUCCAUCCAUGGUUAGUGCGGUGGUUGAUCGAGAUGGUUCGGAUGGCAAAUCAAAAUACUAUAUCAACGGGAAGCACGUUUGGGCUAGGAAAUAUGUGAAGAGAACACCAUCGAAGGAUGCUAAUGAAGGCGUAGAAUCUCCGCAACCUUAG